AUGCUGAACGAUGUUACAGACAGCAUGUUCUCCACGGCUUCUCCAGACCCUUUCACUUCUGUCAUUGUUGCUCAGGGUAAACCUGCUCUCAUCUGUGAAAAGCACAGGGUGCUGGUGACAGACAUGUCAAUUCCAGUGUUCUGUGGCAAAUGCCAAUCGAGGUCCAUGGUGCUAGACGAUCACCUUCAGAAUUAUGUUGGAAAAGAAGAGGAUUUCUCUGACCAGCAGCUAUAUGAACAGGAGAUGCAUUCCAGUUUGGACCAAGAGAAACCAGAAGCUCUGCAGAUAAAAGAAGAGCAGAAAGAACCAGAACCUCCCUGGACAAAAGAGGAAACCACGGAGCUCCCCAUAAGUGAGCAUGAAGAGCAGCUUGUUCUAAAGCAGGAGCCUGUUAAUAGUGUCAAGAAACCUUUUUGUAUGACCUGUGGAAAAAGCUUCACUCUGAAAUCUAGUCUUAAUAGACAUAUCAGAACUCACACAGGUGAGAAACCAUUCUCAUGUUUGAUUUGUGGCAAAGGUUUUAAUGUAAAAGGUUAUUUGAUUGACCACAUGAAAACUCACACAUGUGAAAAGCGUUUAAAAUGUCUGCCCUGUGGAAAAACCUUCACAAGGAAAUCUUAUCUCAAGGAACACAUUAGAACUCACACAAGUAAGAAGGCUCAAAAAUGUCUAUCCUGUGGAAAAAGUUUCAGCUUUAAAUCUGCCCUUUACAAACACAUCAGAAUUCAUAAAGUAGCGAAGCCUUUGAAAUGUCUGUCCUGUGGGAAAAACUUCCCCUGUAAAUCUGCCCUUGAUAGACACGUCAGAAUUCACACAGGUGAGAAGCCUUUCUCCUGUACGAUUUGUGGCAAAACCUUUACUCAAAAAGGUUAUUUGACUUACCACAUGGGAAGUCACACAGAUGAGAAGCGUUUUAAAUGUCUGUCCUGUGGAAAAAGCUUCCCCUGUAAAUCUGGCCUUAAUGCACACACCAGAAUGCACACAGGUGAGAAGCCGUACUUAUGCACGAUUUGUGGCAAAAGUUAUACUCUUAAAGGUCAUUUGCAUGACCAUAUGAGAACUCACACGGGUGAGAAGCCUUUCGAAUGUCUGUCCUGUGGAAAAACAUUCACAAGGAAAUCUUAUCUUACCGCACACAUCAGAAUUCACACAGGUGAAAAGCCUUUCUCUUGCACAAUUUGUGGCAAAACCUUUACCCAUAAAGGUAACUUGACUGACCACAUGAAGCAUCACACAGGUGAGAAGCCUUUCAAAUGUCCAUCCUGUAGAAAAAGCUUCACCUGUAAAUCUGCCCUUAAAAAACACAUUAGAAUUCAUACAGGUGAGAAGCCUUUCUUAUGUACGAUUUGUGGCAAAAGUUUUACUGCAGAACGGUAUAUGACUGACCACAUGAGAAGUCACACAGGUGAGAAGCCUUUCGAGUGUCUGUCCUGUGGAAAAAGCUUCACUUAUAAAUCUGCCCUUAAUAGACACAGCAAAAUUCACCCAGGUGAAAAGCCGAUUUUAUGUAAGAUUUGUGGAAAAACUUUAACUCGAAAAGGUCAUUUCAAUUGUCAAAUGACAACUAACUCAGAAAGGCCUUUUCUUGAAUGACCUGUGGUAGUUCUUUAAUUUUUCAUCCAUGAAACAUAAGACUAUCUAAAAAGAAGGAGCUUUAAAGUUUCUAAAAUAAGUUUCAAAAUAUUAUUUUGUAAAUAUUAUUUUUAUUUUACUGCUGUGUAAACAAAAAAGAGAUUUAAAAUUCCACCUGGAUUGUUGGACUAAUGGAAUUCGACAACCACAUGCAGCCAGUUUUACUUGCACCCCUACUGGCUGGCAUCAUUGGAAACUAUAGUGGGUUUUACCUUUCCAACAAGGGGUUGGAGGUUUUUGUCUGACUAUUUCUGAAGAAGCAAUUUGCUUGAUUAACACAUUGGGUGUGCUAAAUCGGCACAUUAGGCUCCAGAUAAGACCGAUCGCCUUAUCCAUGGCUACAAUGUCCAUUUCAUCAAUCUUUGCAGUGUUAUUUCUUCUCUCGCCAAUAUAUGACAUGACUAUGACAAUAUAUCACAAUGGUACAGAAAAGAAAAUGAAUGAUUUGAAAUGAUAUUGCAAGACCAAGAUCUUCAGAAAAUAGCUGGCUUUUUGGUGCGAAAGAUGAGGAAUUAACUCGGAGACAAAUUAUGUACUCUCUCUAUUUAGAGCAUUUUACAUUACAUCUUUGCUAUUUUAAAGUUGUACGGAAACAUGUAUAUAAAUGUACUCUUUAUCAGACCCAAAAUUUUGAAAAUUUCUAUAAGAAGAAAAAAAUCCUGCCUUAAAAUCUGUUUUUUUUUUUUUUUUUCUCGUUAUCUUAUGCAGCUAAUUAGUUAUACGUCAGUUUGUACACCUAAAUUCAGCCAAUCAUAUAUCAACAGUCAUAUGUCAAUAAAUUUUUUUCCGACAUACCAUCUUGAUUCAUAUGUCACAGCAAAUAUACUUAACGGCUGAAUUAAGAAUCACUUACUUUCCCAUUGAGUUCCGUCCCAAUGUUCACGGGGAUGGACGUCUGUGUCUUCGGCAGGCGUAGAGCUAACAGAACUGGCAGCGCUGCGAGGCAAGGGCUCCAACACGUACGGCUGUAAGCCUUCU